GUGCCAAAGUCUUGGGAAACUUUUAGCAUUUUAGGUUAUGUUUAUUUUGUAUAAUUCAAUAAUUUUAGAAACUGAAUACUCAACUAUCUGGAGUAAAAAUUAAAAUUGUCCUAUUUACUAUUUGAACGUGUUAAAAUGUUUGCCGUAUUUACACGACGGCUGUACUUUGCUUGUGAUAAAAUCCCCGUUCGUCACUUAAGAAACCGAAGUAAAAGACUCGCUGGGCCUGGAGCGAACCCUGGCUUAGAUAAUAGACUGGGCGCGUUCCAAGAAGACGGAAUCAAGGUACAAGAUGAUGAUGUUGAAGAGUUUAUGGAACAAUCGGAAAGCAGUUUCUAUGACGCAGGUGAAGCAUAUAACGCCCAUCUAAAGGAAACAUUAAUUGGGAAACACCACUUGAAGCAUCACAUUGUUAAAGAUAAAUACUUCAGAGAAAACAUGCCCAACCUACUUACCUGGAGUGAGAAGGAACAGAUUCGCCACCUGGCUGCAACACAACCUGAUGAAUGGACUCCUCAGAGAAUCGCUGAAAGCUUUCCUGUUACUGAACCAGUUGUUAAGAAAUUGCUAAAGUAUCCUUGGAAACCAGCAACUGAAGAAAGAAUAACGCGCCAUGACGCAUCAGCUAUGAGAAACUGGAGGGAGCUGAAAGAAGGGACUUUAGAUAUACCAGACGACUUACGUGCACAUUUCCUCAAAUUCUCUGAAAGAAAAAUACCUCCACUAAAUAAGAAAUCAGUCAAAAUAGACAUAUCUCAGGAAAAGAUGGGUGAAUUCGAACAAAUAGUGCAGAGAUGUGCAAUUAAUGAAGAGAAUAAUCACAACACAGAACAAUUUGAAGAAGAACCAUCAGACUCAAAUAUGGAAAGUAAAAUAACAAAAAAGGACUGGAAGAGAGUUACUUUGGAUGAAUUAGCGAGCACUAUAAAAAAUCGUUUAGAUAAAGGAAAAAAUGUAGAUGUACCAGACAAAAUGAUUAUGGAUACAGUCAAUACUUUACCAAGCAAAACUGAAAAUGCACAAGAAAUAAGCAAAGAAAUAGAGCUAUUUGGUGAGACGAAAGAAGAGAAAGGUCUAAUAAAGUCUAAGGAAGAAGAUAAUGAAAUUGUCGCUGGUACCAAUUAUCCAGAAAGAAUAAGAAUACCAAAGAAAGCUUAUCAAAGAGGUGCAACAUACAAAGUCAAUGAUUGCUUCUAUGAUUAUGAUGGGAGAUUCUUGUAUAGAGUAAUAGGCAUGACUGAUACACAUUAAUUUUAGUGACUCGAGUAUAAAAUCGUUAAUUAGAAUUUAUGAUAGAAAAAACUUUAAAGUAAGAAAUAAAACAAUAAACAUUUUAAUGAAGCAUUAUAUUUUUUUUUAUAAAAAUUAUAUCCAUCUCGUUUUACUUGUCCAUUAUAUUACCUACAGUAAAUUUGAAAUUAAAAAUGGAAAUUAACUGUAUACAUUGAAAAUUAUUGCAUGUCUUUUUGUUUACCUUGUUCACAAAGAUUAUUAAUUAUAUAUUACUUCACAUAAUAUUAUAAAAAUACAUCUGGGUGACUAUCACCAUUGUACAUUUAUUAUUGAACUUAAUAUAUGGCUUUAAAACAUCACCUGAGGCAAAUGAAGGUAGAAACACAUUUAUAACAUGCAACCACUCAGUGCAUAAUAUGCUACAUAAACAUCACAUCAAGACAUGUGGAUAGGAUGGAUUGGCAUCCAUCCUAUGGCAAUAGGAUUCUGAUUAUACAAAAUACUAUGAUUUGAUUUGACAUGGUUGCAUAUUAUUAAUGUUACCACCUUUAAACAAUAGCUUUAUAAUAAUUAUUAACUUACAUAUGUUUAUAACAUAGAUAGAUAAAAGCUAACCUGAAAAUUUGAAUAACUCAUUAUUUAAUAGAUAUUUUAAAAAUAUUGCAUGAUAAUAUAAUAUUACGUUCGAAUUUUUCACCAAUAAAAUAUUCAUUCAAGUUGUAUAGUUAUAAGAAAUAAUAAUAUCUGCUAAAUAACUGCCUCACAUCAACUUUGACUAAAACUACAGUUAACUGAUAAUUGAAUAAAUAGUAUUUCGAUUCCUCAACUAUUGUUAGUUAUGAGUAUUCAUAUAUUACAUAAUAAUAUGUAGGUUAAAUUCAGAAAGCUCCAAUACAUUUAGGCCAAUUGCAUAUUGUGAUGAUCGAUCCUGUUACGCGGAAAGGAUCCAAACCGCAUAGUUGGUUUUGGGUAUUCAAAUUGAGGAGGUGGGGAACAGAAUGUAGCAUUUCCUCUUCUGAUAUAUUUUCUUUUAAGAUGCUCGUUGGUUAGAUUAGGUGAAUUAAAUUAUAACAUUUGGCAUGUAGUAAAACAGAAUACUUUUCGUUUAAUACCUACUAUAGUUUUCACUGAUUUCUGAAAGUUAAUGACGAUUUCAAUUAAAGUUCAAACUUUAAAGAUUCCACUUUAUCAUCAAAAAUUGGUCCUGUGUGGGUUGGAUCUUUGUUGCAUAACAGUGCGAAUUUAUUAAUGCAAAUUUAUUUCAAAAGUAUUAUAAUAAAAAGGCCACUCAGUUAACACAAUAACUUCUACGUUUAGAUCAUAUAAAUUAUGUUAAAAUGUUGACACGUUUGAAUACUUUCCAUUUGGCAGUCACAAUUUUAAGGGUCCAAAUAUAACAUUACAACAUGUUACAUGCUUAUUUAACAUGUUUCAUUAGAAUGGGUCACAUGAUCUACAACAAUGUGGACGUGUUCAUCAAAAAAUUUAUAACAUGUUACAACAGCGAACCAAAUUAAUACAUACGUACGACUACGCGUAAUAGAAGUCCUAGGUAUGGUAUAGUUUGUUAAAAUCUAGCCCAAUUCACAUAAGUCCCACUGAAGAAAAGUAUGUAUAAAGAAACUUAUCCAAAGUUUAUCCAUAGCAUUCCAAUUCAGGACUGUUACUUAUAACUUCUUAUUAUCUCUUCUAUACACAAUCUUGUUUUUAUUUAAUUUUUUACAUGAUAUAUCAUGUACAGGCAACAUACAUUAUUAUUUGAUCUUUUGUUCUAAAUGACAUAGUUGAACACAGCAACAGUUAAAAAACUAAGUGCAGUUUUGGAAUGGCUAAAACCUUGUGCAA